AUCGCCUGAAAUGAAAAAAACAUAUCGUGAUAUGAAAAAAUCUCAUAUCGCCCAGCUCUACUAUGUAGGCUGACGAUGUCUCCGCCCAGCCUUUUUUUGUGGGCCUGACCUGCAGCAUGUGUUGUUUUGUCAUUUAAAUAGGAGCUCGUGCUCAGCCAGGGGUGUUUUUUGGUUUGUUUUUUUUUGAGCUUGUAAGGAAGCGUGCUGGGACUGAUAGAAGAUGUGUGCUGCUGUGUAUGUCCUGUCAACGGUAACGGGCUACGUGCUCACCUCUGCCCUGCUGCUAAAAUGCCCAAAUCUGUUACAUCGAAAGAAGCGAGAGACUUUCGUCAGCAAGCACAUUUCUCACCGUGGAGGGGCAGGUGAAAAUCUGGAAAACACUAUGAUGGCUUUCAAGCACGCUGUGGAUGUCGGCACAGAUAUGCUGGAGCUGGACUGCCACCUGACAAAAGAUGAACAGGUAGUGGUUUCACAUGAUGGCGACUUGCAGAGGACCUGCGGCAUCGACACCAACAUCUCCGAUGUGACCUACGCUGAACUCCCUCCAUACCUCUGCAGGCUGGGUGUAACCUUUCAGCGAGAGUGCAUCUGCGAAGGAGGAGAGGACAAACGCAUCCCUCUCCUCAGGGACGUGUUUGACGCAUUUCCCAACACUCCUGUUAACAUUGACAUCAAGGUUAACAAUGACACGCUCAUCAAGAAGGUCUCUGAGCUGGUCGUGAAGUAUGACCGAGCGCAUCUGACUGUCUGGGGCAACGCCAGCAACCAGAUUGUGAGAAAGUGUUACAAAGAGAACCCUCAUAUUCCAGUGUUGUUCAGCUUGCCCAGAGUGUUGCAGCUGUUAGGCCUCUUCUACACCGGCCUCCUGCCCUUUGUUCCAAUCAAGGAGCAGUUCCUGGAGAUCCCCAUGCCCUCCAUUAUCACCAAACUACAGGAUCCCAGCAGGUUAACUAGAGGUCAGCGAUUUAUCGCCUGGCUGGCAGACACUUUGCUGAUGAGGAAAGCUCUUUUUGACCAUUUAACAGCUCGGGGAAUUCAGGUGUACAUUUGGGUGCUGAAUGACGAGGAUGACUUUCAGAGGGCGUUUGAUUUGGGAGCCACGGGAGUUAUGACAGAUUUUCCCACCAAGCUUAAAGACUUCAUGGACAGGAACAGCCUUUCCAAAGCGGAGUGACCUGCCAAAAUCUACCUCACCCCACCUGUCACCAGUGAUUAUCCUUCAGGGCCACUGACCUGCCAGACCAGCCCCCAACAUGCACCCGCUUUUACUGCAGGCAUUCCAGCACAGCUACUCUCACACUGUGUUUUACAGUCUGUAGGAACUCCAACAUGCUCUGUAUUAGGAACCGCGUGUUAUACAUGUAGUGGUAGCACAUACUCCUGUUUUUCAUUACUCAUACUAAACAGUGUGAUCAUAUUAGAUCUUGACUGAUCUUGGGCCCCGUCACAGAGACAGUAUAUCGCCACAGGCUUACAGAUUUUCUGAUAUGACUCAAAAUGAAAACGUAUUUGGGUAAUUUGGUUUACAAUCCUCUCAGCAAUGACUGCAGCAGAUGGCGGUGCAGUCAUGCGAUGUCUUCACAGUAAGUUGGUAAGUUACGACUGAAGUAUAUUUCGAAAAAGUUAAUAAGAAUUGUUGCCAUUAUAACACAAAUAUACUGCAUGCAUUUACAAUAUUUUAGAUGCAUAAAUGAUGAAAUCUGAAUGUUUUCUUUUAGUCACAAAAAAUCCUGGCUCAUUAUUAUUAGUAGGAGUAUUAUUAGAAUUAUCCAUGGUGCGUUCGCUUGCACACACAUGCACACACAUACCCAUAUAACAGUAUGAUAUUUCUGCUAGGAGCACACACUUAAUUGAAACCACUGAAUUUUUUUUUGCAAAGAGCUAAAAAUGCCACUGAAAUAUUGUGCUUUUAAGUUUUAUCAGUCUCAGAUGCCAUAAUAGAUUCAUGGUCCUUGACUUGACACUUUCUGUAAGGGUUUACUUGCGCAAACUCGAUCCUUUUUGAUGCUUUCAAGUUAGUUUGCAGAUGCAGCUCGAUGAUGUCAUGUUAUUUUCGACUUGUUUCAU